AUGACCCUGGCUCUCUCUUUUGCCUCGUCUUCCAAGGCCGAAGACCAGGGCCUUUGCCUGCCCCGCUCGGCCUCUCUGCGAGAUCAGAGAACCCGCUUGCUGUUGAAGAUCCCUCCUUUUGAAAAGGCUCGGACUGUGCUGGAGGCCCUGAAGCAUCGAGAGCAGGAUCCUUCCCUGACGCUGAGCAAGAAGCUGAAGCUGAAGCGGGAGAACCCGGAUCUCCUGGAGCUGUGCCACACGGUGCCCAUGGAGGUGGUCGAAUUGGGAGGAAAGGGCUAUGACCCGGAGCACUCAGGUGACUCUACUGCUUUCAAGAACUGGCUGCAGUGUUACUCUGUGCCUGGCAUGUGCUCUCUGCGUGACAACAUGGGCAGGACCAUCUGGUUCCAGGGAGAGCCUGGUCCCAUGGCUCCCAAAGGAGGGAAGUCCCGCAAGAAGCGCGCCCAGCUGAAGGCAGAUCCCGAGGCUGUGACCCCCGAGGGAGAGCCUGGUCCCGCAGCUCCCAAAGGAGGGAAGUCCCGCAAGAAGCGCACCCAGCUGAAGGCAGAUCCUGAGGCUGUGACCCCCAAGGUCACCACACGUGCCUCGAAACGGCGUGCCAGGGCCGGGGGGAGCCCCCCAAAGCCAACCGAGGAGGUGGAGAAGGUACUGGCUGAUGAGGCAGGGAAGGGCCGUGCCCGCAGGAGGAAGCUAGCUGCAGCUGCUCCGGCCUCAUCUGAGCCUGAGGCUCCUGUAAAAAGAAAAAGAGGCCGGGUGUCUGCACGGAGGGGCUCAGGCGCAGCCCCUGCAGUGUGAGUGCGACUGCCACGUGCUGCCCUGCUGCGCUUUGGCUUCUGGCACCGUGUGGUGUGUCGUGCUGCCACCUCGGCUGCAGUGUCACGGGCAGACGUGCUGGCCUGGACUGCCAGGUGACACUUUGAGCCCUCCCUCGCUCGCCAGCCUGCUUUUCAAACCCCUCUGGG